CGCUAAAUCAGGCAGGCCCCAUCUCUUUGUAAACUUCAAACUUUCUAAGCUUAUUAGUUAGUAGUGGUAUCUGAUUGAGAAGUAAAGCUACUGGAUAAGUGGUGAAAGUAGCCUGGUACCAUGGAAGCCAGUCGAAAGAUCCCAGAAGGGUUUGAAGAGCUCGUACGAGCCAUAAAUCAAUCACAUCAUGAAGCCGGAAAUAAUAGUAUGCAAGAGUUAGUUAUAACUAAUUGUAUGAAAUAUCUUAGAAUAAAUCAUUGGGGUAGACAUUGGUUCUGUGAUCCUUAUAUGUUCCCCAUCUCUACUCAUGCAUUAACGUUAUUUUCAUAUCCUAAGAAUGAUGUGUUAGAAAGUAUUAAACCUAAAAUGGAAUCAAGUAUACGAAAUUGUGAAGAUUGUUUAAUUCAUUAUACUCGAGGUAAAAGUCAAUUAAAGUGGAAUUUUAUUAACGAUAGAAAGAUAAAUUUAAAUACCGUAGAAUUAUUUAUGAAUUUAAUUUAUGAAUGGGAAGUUUCAUUUCUUUUACCAACUCUUCAACCAUUAGCAGAUAUAAUAUUUGAUAAAGAAGAAAUAAUUAUUAAUGAACAAUUAGAUGAAACUAUUUUAAUAUGUUUAUAUAAUCCAGCAGUAUUAAGAUCAAGUCUGACAUUAAGAAAUUGUUUUACAACCGUAACUAAUUAUUUAGUAUCUCAUAAAAAAUCUCCCUUACCAUUAAAAUUAUUACCAGGACUAUUUUAUUUAUCAUUUGAAGGAACUCAUCAAGGUAAAUCUUGGGCCAAUUUAUGGUUUAAAGCCCUUAUAACUAAGAAAUAUUUGGCAACUAAUGAUAUGAUUGAAGAAUUCAUUGUAGAAGAAUUUUGCAUCCAUUUAUAUAGAAUUGAAGAUCAAAAAUUCUAUACUAAACAGAAUAGUAUAUUAUUUUGGAAUGUGGUUGAACAAUUAAUUGAAAUUCUUGAUAAUGAAGCAUUUAAACGAUUUAAUACUUUAAGAGAUGCCGAUAUUGUUGGACGGGCAAGAAAUAUUCGACUUUAUCCUCCUAUGAGAUUAUUAUUAAAUUAUAUUAUGUCAUUUGAAGUCGUAUCAAUUCCUCAAUUAUUUCGAGUUUUUAAUAGUUUAUUAGAACGAUUUGGUCAAGAGUUUUGGCAAUUUACGGGUCAAUUACAAUUUAAACAAAUCUUAGAUAAUACAUUAAUUAAUGAUGAAUAUCGUACAUUAUUAACUACAUCUCCGACGGAAAUUAAUGAUAUUGAUGAAUGGACUUUACAAGAAAUUACUCGAUGGUUUUAUACAAUUUUAUCGACAAUUCCUCCUAAUCAAGUAAUAUCUACUACCAUUAGAAUUGUAACAUUUUUAUUUAAAAAUAGUAUAAAUAAUACUACCAAUACUCAAUCAACUUUAGCUUCAGAUAUAAGAAAUCAACGAGAAAGUAUAUUAAGAACUAUAGCCAUUAAUGUAUUAUCAUAUUCAUUUGAUAAUUUUGAAAUUGGAGACUUUAGACAUGAAGAUUUCUCCUUAAAUUUAUUAAAAGUUCGAGAAAUUAGAGCAGUUAUAGAUACUUAUUGUGAUCCAAUUAUAAUUGAAACUAUAAGGAAUUCUGGUAAAAGUGCUAAUUUAGGUUCUACAUUAAUUUCCAAUUGUUUUAAAUAUGAUUUGGCCUUAUUGGCUCAUAAUACUUAUUUAUUCUCCCAAAAUAUAACUCCAACAUCAUUUGAUAUAUUCCCAUUAUUAUGGGAUAGCUUUGUUCUGACUCGAUUCUUUACAAAUUAUGAUAUUUCUAUUAAAAUGAUUAAAUCCUUACGAGAAAUUGGUUGGAUAACUAAAUUCACUUCAUCAAAGAAUGAUGGAUUAGAUAAACAUUAUUUAAAUGCUCGGAUUCAUCAUAAUGAAAAUGUAUUAAGAAUCUUUGAACCAGUUAAACAAUUACUUAAUCGACUUACUUUAGCCAAUCAACUGAUGGUUAGAACGAUGUUUUCAGAUUCACAAGUGUUACGAUCCAUUUGGGCUUGUACAUUUAAUCCAUUAGUUAAUCAAGCAGCCACAGAAGUAUUUUAUCAUGUAUCUGAUAUGGGAGUCGGAAGAUUAGAAGCUAUUCAACAAUUACUUGGAACUUAUUUAAAGGAGAAUAUUGAUGCUAUACAAAUUAAUAUUACUUGUUUAAUAUCUUUAAGGAAUUAUGAACCAUGUCCUAAAGGUGUAAGGAUUAUUAUGGAUAUCUUAAAGGCAUUAAUGGAUCCUUCACUUGGAGUUCUUGUAACUAAUUCUGAAUCAGUUAAAUAUCAAAAGGAAGUGAUUCAAUUAUGGAAGAAUUUCUGGUAUUUCCUUCUGAUGAUCUUUAAAAGAACUUUUGAAUGGGCAACUACUUAUCAUUUAGAAGAAUUACUUGAAUUCACUCGAGAUGUAUUAGAUUGUAGUCAUUUAUUAUUAGAUUCUUAUCGAUUUAUUAUUUCCGGUAUAGAUCAACUGGAAUGGGAAGAGUUAUUUCAAGUAUUUAUGGGUUCUGCCAGUAAUGCAGUAUUUUGGUUAAGAUUAGGUGAUCCUACUUUACUUAAUUCAUGUCUUGAACUUAUGAUUCGAGCCUUUAAUUUAGCUAAAGAAUUGAAAUUUACGGUGGAUGAUAAAUUCAUUGAAUCAUGUACUAAAUUCGGGACAAAGUAUAAGAAAUUCAAUAAUAAAUUGAAUGAACAACAGAGAAAUGAUAUCUUAUCAGUGACUCGAGCAUUUAGUCCUGAAAUUGUGGAAAGAAUAGAAUUGGAAACCAAAUUACUGAGAUCCAGAACGGCUACACCUCUGCGAGAAGUCAUUGAAAUGGUGUCUGAUGAUGAGUCUAAACCAUCACAAUCACAAUCACAAUCAACUAAACCAAGAAGUCAACUUAAACAACAGACUUUAGGCAAAUUUGUGGAAAUGACUAAAGAAGUUCCCGUAGCUCCUGAACCCAAGAAGUUUAAAUCGGGUAGUUUAGAAGCCAUUCGAAAGGAUCUUCAAUCGUCCAGAAGUCCUAUAAUUCCUAUUAAGAAACCUAUUAGUACAGUUACUCCCGCUCCACCUCGACCCGCCGGAUUUAAUAGUAAACGACAACAAGUGGCUCCACCCGUAGUGUCAAUAGGUCGAUCACUUAAUAGUUUAAAGCAUCGAAAUAAUAAUAAUAAUAAUAAUAAAUCAGAUAGUUCCGAUAGUGAAUUGGAUGUGGAUACUUCUGAUUUAUUCUAUACUAAAAAGAAGAAAGUGAUUGAAAUUGAUAUGAAGGGUCAACCCGUAGUUAAAGAAAAAGUUAAGAUUGAUUUGGCUAAGAAAGAAGAAGAAAGAAUGAGAGCUAGACUUAAUGUAAGUUUAAAGCCUUUAUAUUCUACUAUCCUUCGAUGGAAUUAUACAUCCAAUGAUCAAUAUCCUACGAGUGAUAUAAGUAUAUAUCAAGAAACUAAAUCAGAAUAUGAUAAUGCUAAGGAAUAUGUUAAGGCUAUUGAACCUUUAUAUAUGUUAGAAUUAUGGCUGCAAAUUCAAUCGGUAAAGAAUACUACGGUAGAAACUCCAUUUGAAAUACUUGUGGGAAGUAGAACUACAGUAGAUGGAUUCUUUGAUAUUUAUGCAUCGGUAAAGAAAUCAAUAUUGGCGGAUAGGAAAGUUGGAGAAUCCGAUUUACUUGUAUUAGGAUUUGUUAAGGAUUCUCCUAAUAAAAAUGAAUUAGGUAGAUACUUAAAGUCUCCUACUUCAAAGACAUGUCUUGCCAAAGUUCGAGAAAUUAAACUGGCUAAUGCAGAAUAUUUCGAUAUAACUAUAAGAGUAUAUCCCUCGGGUCCAAUGGUAGGAGUAUUAACUCCUCAAUCCCAAAUCCUUGCUAUGAAAGUUAUGCAAAUGAUUACGGCAGAAAGAGAGUAUACAUCCCUUAAGGGUCUUGAAUAUUAUGAUUUAUAUGAUGAUAUUAUUCGAGCAGAACCCGGACCAGUGAUCCCUAUAUCUGAUACUGAAGCUACUAAGGCAAUGAAGACUUAUGAUUUAAAUAUGUCUCAAGCUAAAGCUGUACUUGGAACUUAUAAUUCUCGAGGAUUUUCAUUAAUUCAAGGUCCUCCAGGAACAGGUAAAACCAAGACUAUUUUAGGGAUUGUGGGAUAUUCAUUAAGUAAAUCUUAUAAGGAGAAUGUAAUUAAUAUUCCUGAUUCUAAAGCUCCAGGAACUCCAGCAACUCCAACAAAGAUAUUGGUGUGUGCUCCAAGUAAUGCAGCCGUAGAUGAAUUAGUAUUACGGUUAAGAAGUGGAGUAUUUAAUGCCGAUGGUCAGCAUUUUAGUCCUAAAGUUGUAAGACUUGGAAGAAGUGAUGUUAUCAAUGCAGCCGUUCGAGAUUUAACCUUAGAAGAACAAACAGAUAAAGAAUUACAAGCUCGAUCAUUGGAUAUAACCAUCGAUACAAAUCUUCGGCCUAAUCUUGUGAAAUGUUCAGAAGAGAUUAAACGGAUUGAAUUGAAAAUGCAAGAAGAAGGUACAGAUUUAGGAGAAGCUGAAGUAGCUAAAUUAGAAGAAGAGUUUCAUACUUUAAGACGUCAAAGAAAUCAAUUGGCUCGACAAUUGGAUGAACAAAGAGAGAAAUCUUCCAAAGUUCAUCGAGCUCGAGAAUAUGAAAGAAGAGUUAUUCAAGCUAAAAUUCUUAAUGGUGCACAAAUCAUUUGUGCCACCCUUUCUGGUUCAGCCGUCGAGAUGUUGGCUAAUUUGGGAAUUAAAUUCGAACAAGUCAUUAUUGAUGAAGCUUGUCAAUGUGUAGAAUUAUCAGCCAUUAUCCCCUUACGAUAUGGAUGUAAGAAAUGUAUUAUGGUUGGAGAUCCCAAUCAAUUACCUCCCACGGUCAUAUCUAAAGCGGCAGCCGAUCUUCAUUAUGAUCAAUCAUUAUUUGUAAGAAUUCAACAGAAUCACCCAAAUUCAAUUUAUCUUUUAGAUGUGCAAUAUAGAAUGCAUCCCAAUAUUUCUGCCUUCCCCAGUCGAGAAUUUUAUAAUUCUAAAUUACACGAUGGAGAAGGAAUGUUAGAAAAGAAUAAUCGUCCAUGGCAUGAAAUUCCUCAACUUUCAGCUUAUCAAUUAUUUAAUAUUAGUGGGAAACAUGAAAGAAACGAAUUAUCUCGAUCAUUAUUUAAUCAAACUGAAGCAAGAGUUACUUUAGAAUUAGUUGAGAAAUUAAUGAAUAUGAUGCCUGAAGGUGAAUUUGCUGGUAGAAUUGGUAUUAUAUCUCCUUAUAAGGAACAAAUUAAAGUUAUUAAGGAUAUCUUUGUAAGAAAGUAUGGGAAAUUAAUCUUUUCUCAAAUUGAUUUUAAUACGGUAGAUGGAUUUCAAGGUCAAGAAAAGGAAAUUAUUAUUAUGAGUUGUGUUCGAGCUAGUGAGACAGGGAAUGUUGGAUUCUUAUCGGAUAUUCGACGGAUGAAUGUAGCAUUAACUAGAGCUAGAACUACACUUUGGAUUCUUGGAAAUAUCGAAUCUUUAAGUAGAAAUGGAGUAUGGAAAAGACUUAUCGAAGAUGCUAAAUCUCGAAGUAGUGUUAUUGAAGCUCGACCAGGAUUUUUAGCUAGUUUACCUAAGAGAAAGAUUGAAGUAGACCAGACAGCCAAUAAGAAACAUAAGUCAGAUAAACAGUCUUCUAAGAAGAAACCAGAACCUAAGAAACCAGAACCUAAGGUUCUGUCAGUAUUCAAUUAUGAGAGACUCCCUGAUAAGUCUUAUGGUAGGACUGAUGGGGUGAGUGCAGGUGCUACUCCUACGCCUACACAUACUCCUACUCCUAUUGCAGCAACUGCACCAGUGACUAAGAUCCUUCCAAAACCCACAACAACAUCUCUUGCUCCAAAGCCUACCCCCAAUUCUCUCAAUAGACCUACACCCAACUCGCUCAAACCAAAGCCUAAACUGAAGGUGUACAUUGCCAAUGUACCUCCUCAGACUCAGACUCAGUCACAGACUCAGUCUAAUGUACCUCGUCCAAGUAAGUCAGGUGUCCUCCCUGGUUCAAGAGUUGGUACUCCUGUGGUGGAAGACAAUAGUACUAGUACUAGUACAAGUAAUGGUAAAGGUUCACAGCCUACGCCUUCCAACUCCGGCUAUUUACCUCUGAAUGGUAAGCCCGUAGUUCCUUCUAAUUCCGGUACGGUCAGACCUCCUAAACCUUCUUCAUCCAUCUUUAUUCAACGUAAACGUCCUCGUAAAUAGUUAUCCGUUGCAUAUAUUGAUUAUAUAAUACACCUAUAUUUAUUAUAUACUACA